AUGCGCUUGGAAAGGGUAGAGGAUACGAUGGACUCGGAAGCGACAAAGCUCGUCACGAGCCUAAUAACUCCACUAAGCCUAGCUGCUGUUUCCAACGCCCUGAAGCUGGCGUUCGCCGGCGAUGAAGGGUUAAACUUCACCAAAACGAUCAAGGAGUGGCUCGAAGAAGCUGCAGAGGACACCAAAAAGAUCGGCGACUGGGGGAAAGAUUUUGAGAACACCACGGACAAUUUCACCACCGACUUGACAGCGUUCCGUAAUUCGUGGUCGGCAAUCGAGAAGCUACCAGUGGUACGAGUAACCGACGACAUAAACACCUGGGAAAGUCUAGUGAGAAAGAUAAACGGCCUCAUCUGGGACGACUAUAUUUGCCAGGAAGAAAUGGAAUGUCGUCGAGAACGGAUUAUCUCCAGGGCAAAGGACCUCCACGAGCAGCUGGGAAUCUCGAUCGAGAAUCUCAGCAAAACGUGGAAGUCCAUCACCAGCUCCUUCCCUGACUCAGAGGAUAAAAAGGGGAAAAGCUUUCUGAUCAAGAACUCUACCUGGAGCAAAGUGGAACACGCGCUGAAUGAGAUUGACAAGAGCACGUGGACUGCACUAGCUUUCGUAAGAGGGAAAGGUCACAAAGCGAUUCUUGUGAUGCCGGUCCAGAAAGGUUGGGCCGUAGCGGAAUUCAAAUCCGGCAGAGCAGUCUGGAAGGUCUCGCUUCGGAAAAGUCUCCACCAAGCAAUCGGAGAUAUGGAGGGCAACAUCGCAAAACAGCAGCCACAGAAGAGGGACACGGCGAUCGUCGUGUCCAUCUUCAAAGAUUCGGCCAGCGACUCCAGCGACAGCGACAGUGAGGUCAGCUUCAAAAGGCAGUCCUCUUCCUCGGACAGCGACAGUUUCGACAGACAUUACGACCUCUCGACCGACAGUGAAGCAGAAAAGGAUCUCCGAACUUGGGAUAAGACAGGAGCGCUGGAGAGGAUCCUCUCUAGCGACGGUGACAGCUCAACCUUGUCGGGACCAGCCGAAAUGCCGAUGACAAGCACUUCCCCCUGUGCCUUCUGCAGUUUAAAAGCGGGUUCGAUAAGGAAACGAGAGGCUCUUCCACUGGAUCCAGCGGAAGAACCCGACAUCAAAACAGAGAAACCUGACGAUUAUGAGAUUUAA